AUGUCAGCCAGCGUGCUUCCAUCGAUCGAGCAAGUCAACGCAAUGACGCGGCCAGAGGAGCUGCUCGAGGCGACCAGCGUCCUGUUCGAGUCGACCCGAGCACUCACUGCGCGGCUGUUCGCCAAGCGGCCGUUCGCGUCGUACGAGGCGCUGAUUGACGCUGCACACUCGAUUCUUGCUGCGGCGACAGGCACAGACGCGCUGUCCGACGACGAGAAGAUUGACAUUCUGAACGCCCAUCCGCGGAUUGGCGCGCCAACGGCAUCGCUCUCGGCGCUGUCCAAGCGCGAACAGGGCGUCCCUGCUGUCGUAGGAACUACCGUCAACGCGAGUGGAUGCGGCGGCGCAGCGAGUCCAGCCAUCGAUGAACGGACACUCGCCGAGCUCGCUCAGCUCAACGUUGCGUACGAAGCCAAGUACGGAUUCAAGUUUGUCAUCUUUCGGUUGGCAUCGUCCACGCGCGAGGCUGAGGUGGCGACUGGGAUGCGCGCCAUGCUGGACAUUGCGCGAGACCGACUUUCCAAGCUGCAAAGCAGUGCAGGUGCUCGAUCCCCCUCAGUCCAGCCAUCUCGGUUGUAG